AUGUCGGGUACAAUAGAGACUGGAAUGACCGAUUUUUCGCUCAAUAAAUCCACUACUACUGUGGCUUUGACUGCCGGCAAACAGAGAGCAAUUAUCAAUGGCAAGACACGUACGCAUCCUAGUGAAUGGGUCUUUGUAUUCCAGUCUAAAUGCAUAUACUUUCGACGCCUGUCUGAGAAAUACGGGCUUGACUGGGAGAAUGACAUGUUCGGCGCUGUAUUAACCGUCACGCAAUGGGUUCAGAAUGCAGCAAACGUGCACUUCAACAUACGCGCUGGGACCUAUCGAGGAGCUCCCGACCAGUUUGUUACGUUCUUGGAGGAUCUCCGGAGGAGCUUGCAUCGCCUUAAGGUAUCUGACGAGCAAAUGGACAAA